GGCCACAACCAUGACCUCCUGAACGUAUCUCUCAUCUUGCUCUGAAACAUAAUUUGUGCUCGCACAUGACGCUUUCUGUCACUUAAGCGCAUGAAGCCACAACUCCAUAUGAGACAGUCCGCCAAGGGCUUCUCCCAUAUAUACUAUAUAGCAAUCAGACACCAGGAGUCGCGAGAUGCUGCACCUCUCCCUUCACGCUGUUCAUAAUCCCUUUGGUUUGAACGGGACUGCACAAAGCCUCUCUCUAGAUCGAUUAUCUGAAGAUGUCUACUGCUCGUGUUGCGAUCAUUACAGGUGCUGCCCAAGGAAUAGGCGAAGCCAUCGCGAUUCGCCUUGCGAAUGAAGAUAUCAACUUCACUUUACUCGAUGUAAAGGGCAAAGAGGGUCAGCUAGAGAAUGUUGUAAAACAGGUCGAAGCGAAGGGCAGGAAGGCGAUAUGCAUAGCCGGUGACGUCUCAGUUGAGGAGGUAGUGAAGAAUGUAGUUGAUAAGACGGUGGAGGUCUUUGGUGGGCUUGAUAUCAUGGUUGCAAACGCAGGCAUUACGCUCUUCAAGCCCUUCCUCGAAACUACCGUAGAGGACUUCCACAAACUCAUGUCCGUCAAUGUCCUCGGUGUAACACUUUGCUUCCAGUAUGCCGCCAGACAGAUGAUCAAGCAAGGUCGAGGUGGAAGGAUUAUCGGUGCCAGCUCCGGAGCGGGGAAACAAGGCAUCCACAAUAUGGCAGUCUACAGCGCAUCCAAGUUCGCAGUUCGCGGCUUAACGCAAGCCACAUCAUCGGAAUUGCGGAAACAUAACAUCACAGUCAACAGCUAUGCUCCAGGGUUCAUCUUGACACCAAUGAAUGCGCAUCCGGAUGACGACAAGUACGGUGGUCUCGGAUCCGUAGCCAAGAUGGCCGCAAAUAUGCCAGCAGACCUUCAAGGCGCAGAACCUGAUGUCAUCGCUGGUCUGGUGGCGUAUCUGAUCAGUCCCGAGGCACAUUUUACUACUGGACAAACAAUCAAUGUCAAUGGUGGAUUGUACUGCGAUUAAACAAACGAUGACUGUUCAUACCCUCUGGGAUAUAUAUAACUAAAUAGACACCUUGGUCUCAAUUGUCUCCGGAUUUCGUACUUUGGCGAAGAAGGAAUCUACUCACGUUUCAAGCACAUGUCAGAUGGGUGCGUUUGCAAAACGACGAUUAGAAGAUCAAGUCAAAGACAAAUCCCGUGGUAUACCAAACGUAAGAAAACAUGUGAGAUCAG